AUGUCUACAAACUCGACCAAACGGGCCGCUUUCGCGGUGUUGCAGUUCUUGCGCUCGUCGACGCAGGACGGCUCGAUCCGCGCUGACGACGCCGAAGGAAUCGAAGUUGCCAGUUGAGUCGAACACGCGGCCAUGAGCUUGGUGGAAGAGGACAUUCAGCUGACUCUCUCCAGUUGUCCAUCUUUCACUCUGGCUGUAUUCGUUGCGUCGAAUCUGCCCCCCCGCUAUUGUCCCGGCCUCUCCCACACACGUCAUUGCCCGACCCCUGCGCCACCCCACCCCACGUGAACAUCUCCCCUUGAUUCGUCCUACACCAGGCCAAUGCAUCUCUGAAGCCUUCGGUGUCGACUUGGACUCGGACUCGGACAGCAAGGCGUACGCGAUCGCACCCGAGACGCUCGUCAGUGUAUUGGAGAAGCACGCCGCGACCGCUGCCAAAUCGGUCAGUUUGUGGACACGGGGGACGUGCUUGCCUCAACGAUCAGGAGGGCUUACUGCGACGUUUUCUUUUUUUUUUGUUUUUUUGGCACGAACCCAGACCCCUUCCGCCGAAGCUUCCUCUUCGACGGGCUCAAGCGAAAAGAAAACCGCCUCGGCCGCUGACAAGGUCGCAGCCGAGAAGGCCAAAUCCUCCGGCAAUCAAUUGAUGGCCGCCAAGAAAUACGACGAAGCGAUCAAAGCCUACGGUGAAGCGAUCUCCCACGACCCCAACAACGCCGUCUAUUGGUCCAACAGGGCCGCAGCGUACUCGCAAUUGCAGGACCACGCUUCGGCGAUCGAGGAUGCUCGACAGGCGAUCAAGAUCGAUGCGAGCUUCUCCAAGGCUUAUUCGAGGUUGGGGCAUGCGUUGUUCAGUUCGGGCGAGUACGAGGAUGCGGUUGGAGCGUAUGAGAAAGGCCUCGAAUUGGACCCUAAUGUAUGUGCCACGGUUCGAGGGCCAUUGAACCCCAAGCAGGUUGAUUGACAGUCGCUGAUCUUGACCCUACACAGAACGCGGUGAUGAAGUCGUCCCUCGCAACGGCCAAGUCACGCAUCCCGACGACCUCAGCUGACGAUGGCGACGAUGAUGAGGAGGAGGCUUCCCCGUCUGCUGCGGCAACUCGAGGUGCCCCCGGUGGAGGUGCAGGAGGGAUCCCCGGCUUCCCCGGUAUGGGCGGAGGUAUGCCCGACUUGGCUUCGCUGAUGAACAACCCGGCGAUUAUGAACAUGUGCGUCGCAUCAGUCCUGAACGAAAUGCCUUCCAACGGCGUAGUUGCUGAACGGCCUCCAUUUCUCGUAUGCUUACCGAUCACAGGGCCUCGCAAAUGAUGCAGAAUGGUGGUCUUGAGCGGUGCGUUUUUCACCAGCCUCGUAGAUCUGAGGAACCAUCGCGCUGACGUCUUCUUUUCUGCUGUCGGUGCAGCCUGAUGUCGAACCCCGCUAUGAGGAGUAUGAUGGAAGGUGCCGGAGGAGCAGGCGGUGGAAUGCCCGACAUCAACGCAGUAAGUCGCUUCAAUCUCAGAAUUUCAUCUGCUCCCAACUGACCCCUCGUCGACUUCGGCUCUCUCUCUCUCUCUCUCAGCUGAUGUCGGAUCCUACGAUGCGUCAAAUGGCCGAGCAGUUUGGUCGCUCGAUGGGAGGUGCAGGUGCAGGAGGCGCAGGAAGUGGGGGUAACAACAACAACAACAUGUAUUCGUAG